GUCACCAUGAACGGCACGGAAGGGCCCAACUUCUACGUGCCCAUGUCCAACCGCAGCGGGGUGGUGCGCAGCCCCUUCGAGCACCCGCAGUACUACCUGGCCGAGCCGUGGAAGUACUCGCUGCUGGCCGCCUACAUGAUCUUCCUCAUCAUCACCUCCUUCCCCAUCAACUUCCUGACGCUCUACGUGACGGUCAAGCACAAGAAGCUGCGCACGCCGCUCAACUACAUCCUGCUCAACCUGGCCGUGGCCGACCUGUUCAUGGUGAUCGGUGGCUUCACCGUCACGCUCUACACCGCGCUGCACGGCUACUUCGUGCUGGGCGUCACCGGCUGCAACCUGGAGGGAUUCUUCGCCACGCUGGGCGGUGAAAUUGCCCUGUGGUCCCUGGUAGCGUUGGCCAUUGAGCGCUAUAUUGUAGUGUGCAAGCCCAUGAGCACCUUUCGCUUUGGGGAGAAGCAUGCGAUCGUAGGUGUGGCCUUCACAUGGAUCAUGGCUCUCACCUGUGCUUUGCCCCCUCUGAUGGGCUGGUCCAGGUACAUUCCUGAGGGGAUGCAGUGCUCCUGUGGUAUUGACUACUACACCCCCAAGCCUGAGCUCAACAACACGUCGUUUGUCAUCUACAUGUUCAUCCUCCACUUCUCCAUCCCUCUGCUCAUCAUCUUCUUCUGCUACAGCCGCCUGCUCUGCACUGUCCGUGCGGCUGCAGCCCAGCAACAGGAGUCCGAGUCCACUCAGCGGGCAGAGAAGGAAGUGACACGCAUGGUGAUCGUCAUGGUGAUAGCCUUCUUGGCGUGCUGGGUGCCUUAUGCCAGUGUGGCCUGGUACAUCUUUGCCAAUCAGGGUACGAGCUUUGGGCCCAUCGUUAUGACAGUCCCAGCAUUCUUUGCCAAGAGUGCCGCCCUGUACAAUCCAGUGAUCUACAUUCUCCUGAACAGACAGUUCAGAAACUGUAUGCUGACGACUGUGUGCUGUGGGAAGAACCCGUUCGGUGAGGAGGAAGUCACCACCACGGCCUCCUCUAAAACCCAGUCCUCCUCCAUCUCCUCCAGCCAGGUGGGCCCUGCCUGAACUCUGC